GCCACCCGGGCAUCACUUCUGUGAAAGGGCCUCUUAGAGCCUCACAGCUCCAUCCCAAGAGGCAACAUCGCCCCAGGAUGGACAUGAGGCCACCUCUGGGCCACAGCCUGAAUCAGCUCCUGUUCCUACUAGCCCUUCUGGGAGGAACCCAGGCUCAGGCAGCCUCCAGCUGCUAUGGGAUCCCUGGAAUGCCUGGGCUGCCUGGAAUACCAGGGAAAGAUGGGAGAGAUGGCCUGAAGGGGCCCAAGGGGGAACCAGGGAUACCAGCCAUUCCUGGGACACGUGGACCCAAGGGCCAGAAAGGAGACCCAGGACUCCCAGGUCACCCUGGGAAGAAUGGUCCCAUGGGGCCAGCUGGGCCCCCUGGAGAUCCAGGCUUCCAGGGUCCACCGGGACAGCCAGGAACACCUGGCAAAUAUAAACUGAAAUACCAGUCAGUAUUCUCAGUGACACGGAAGACCCAGGAGCACCCAGAAUCCAAUAGAUUGGUCAAGUUCAACACAGCCAUCACCAACCCUCAGGGGGACUAUAACUUGGCCACAGGCAAAUUCACCUGCAAGGUGUCAGGCCUCUAUUACUUUGUCUUCCACGCAUCCCAGACAGCCAACUUGUGCCUCUCCCUGUACCAGAGCGGCACGAAAAUGGCCACCUUCUGUGACCACUCAUCCAACAGGAAGCAGGUCACCUCAGGUGGGGUCCUGCUCCACGUGACAUCAGGCCAGGAGGUGUGGCUGGAGGUCAACGACUAUAAUGGCAUGGUGGGCACUGAGGGGUCUGACAAUGUCUUCUCUGGCUUCCUGCUCUUCCCAGACUAGGGACCUCAGGAGAAUUUGUCCAGUUGUAUCCACCUCCUCCAUCCGUUUCCAAGAAUAGGCCUUUAGGCUUUCCUUCCACCUUUGCUUGCCUCAUUCUCUUUCUCCUCCAAGUAGAAUGGAAGCUCCUUGAGGGCAAGGCUGUUUCAUUUUUUCACUUUGUAUCUCCAGAUCCCCAUGCCUAGUAGGAACUUCAUAAAUGCAUGUUGAUUGCCUGAAGGGUUCUCCUUCCUCCCUACCCUUCAGCCCUGAGUCCUUCAGGUCUCACUUGUCUCCGAAGCCUAUGUUCACUUGGCCAGCCUACAUCAAUCUCUCUCUCCUGUGCUCACCCAACAGUCUAUUCCCCUUAUAUGGCUCUGAGCAUAGCCUAGCCUAGGCUGUGGGUAACUGGUCACGUAUGCCUCUCUUGACUCCACAAUUAGGCUGUGAGCUUCUAGACGGCAGGGACCAUCAUCCCAGAACUCUUCAAUAUUUCUGCAAAACCUACCACAAUGUGCCUGUGCACACGGUAACGUUCAAUAGAUGUUGGUCAUGCCGAUGAUGCCUAGAAGCUCUGAGCCCUCUGGAAAGCCAUGCUGGAAUUUACUAAGGGUCCUCGAAUGUCGAGGAGAAUUAUUUGUAUGUUGGGUUCUUUUUCAGAAGAUGUCUUUGGAGGGGUUAUUUGUUUCUUCUGCCAUCAUUAAAGUUAUUAGU